CGCAGUGGCGUUUAAAUGGCCCAAGGAACUCUUUGGGAGGAUUUGUGGCCAAGCGGUUCGUAGUCUGGAUGUGGGUGCAAUGGAAACGCAAAUCAUUUCACGCCAGGAUUCAGUUGCCAUGGAGAAAGAUAAAACAUGGGAGAAAGCGGCAAAAGUCUCUUUCAGGAAGAGACUAACGAAGUAUCUGUACAGCUACCCACUUCUAAUGGCUAUCAGCAUUCUUUCCAUAGCGGACGCUGCGUGUGUAGUAGGGGAAGUGCUAAUCGAUUUAACUCUUACCAAUGGAAAAACGGAGGCAGCAGAGUCUUACGUGACUUCCAUUCGUCAAGCUCUGUAUGACAGGUUUCCACACUUAAAAAGCAUUGCUACAGAAAGCGUCUCAGAUUUAAUCCGCAAGAUUAGCAACAUCCACUGCCCGAGACCAACCACGUCUGAGAGCACCGUUAGUCACGCCCCGACCCAAACCGAAGAACCCGGCGUCUUGUAUUUGAAUGUACUGACAGGAUCACUCACAAAGCAGGCAGUCCCUGGGCAGCCUAGCAAUUGUUCACUUCCUGGUGAUACUGACCAAUGCCCCCAUGCCCUCGAACAUGUCUUGAAAGAAAUCGGCCACGUAUUGCAUAUGCUGAGUCUUUUUAUUCUGUCAAGUAUUGUUUUUGUGCACUGUUUGAGAAUAAUAGCAACAAAAAGAAGAUUCUUUCAGUAUAAGUUUCAGGUAUUUGAUGCUGCCGUGGUCACCAUUUCACUUGUGUUAGACUUGGCGUUUUUGAAAGGUAUUUGGUCUGACGAUACCGGGGAGGCAGCAGUAUUAGUGCUUGUCUUAGUGCCAUGGAGGGUGAUAAGAAUUGUGAACAGUUUUGUGAUGACUGUGAAAGAAAAGGACCACAUUGCAAUGAAAAUGGUCAAGAGCGGCCGCAAAAAAGCGCUGAAACGAGUGUCCGACUUGAUCAAACAGGCCGAGCGUCACAAGCAAGAAAUACGCGCUUUACGUGGAUUGUGCAAAAAGUUUGAAGCACCAGAAGAUGCCAUAAACGCCUGUAAGCCGCAGGUGGGCAACGAGAAUCGGUUCAGACGACGGUCCAGUGGGGCGUCUCUAACAAUGCUCGCUUCUCUGGCUGCGUUUGGUUCGCUUGGCUUGGACCCAUCAAAAGUUCACCCAUCCGAUGAUGAAGAAUCAGAAGACGGCAGUCAGCCCUACCUGCCGACGUCAUUGCAUGAGAAGAGUUCUUCCGUGAACUCUGAAACCACGGAAAACAGAGCAGUUGAUGAUGAUAGCCCCAGCAACAACAAUUUUGGUGACAGUUUUUUCAGCAACGACGAUACAGACAAAAACGCCUUAGACUUUUAUAACGAAAAUGAAACAUGUGUUGAACUUCAAAGUACGCGCCAGGAGCAACAAAAAGAAAAUGAUAAAUUUGCACUGGUCGAACUCCCAGAAAAGAAACCGCGGUCUUUCAGCGUCAGCAGCAUAGGAACAGCAAGCAGUUUCUUAAAGUCACCUAUAAAGCGUCUUCGGUCUCUCACUUAUACAGAGGGCAAUGGCGCCGACUCUGAACCACGUUCUUCCCAUACUGCCACCUUGGUAGAUAAUAUGGAAAUACCCAAUGAGCAGAAUGAAAUAACUCACUGUUAAAAAGAAUAACAUAAGGAAACACUAUCGACUUUGCAGCGUGCGUUUGAUAUCAAAUACAAAUAAGAAAAUGGCAAUGAACACCGAAUAAAGUUUUAAUUUACUCUCGCUAGGAGGCACUGAAAUGGGAAAAUCCAAGUCCCAAAGUGCGCAUCGGCUUGUCUGCUCUUCAUUACAUUCUUACACCGUUCAGCUUUUUUCUUUCUUUCUAUGUAUUUAAUAAUUCUUGUUAAUUUUUCAUUUAGCCAUGAAAAUCACAGGGUUUUUAAUCAGAGGAAUGGCUACUAAUAUGAUAGGAUAUCUGGUUCACGCUGUGUUUGACAAACGCGUGACCUUUUUAUUUGUUCAAAUGUCGCACGUACAUGUACAUGUACAUGUAGAAUCAGAUAAGUUGUUUCUAAAUUUGUUUAUGUAUCUGAAUGAAUCGGCGAGAUAGUGGUUAGAAUUGCGUUGUUUUAUGGUUCGGUAAUUUCCCCUCCUACUCAGAUCAGUUUAGACACCCUUCUUACGAAAAAAGGCCUGUACACAUUGAAUAUUAUGACACAGGCGGAUCCAUGUGGGAAAAAAAUCCUACCACUUCAUUCCUAAUAUAUAUCUUGGAUCCAUCAAUGUCCUCGUCUGUUUGUAAGAGACUUUUUUUCUCUUAUAUCAAUUGGCUUUUGAUAUUUUUAUCUCAUGAGCCAAAUGAUAAGAUAAAAUUUGUUUUGUCCAACUUGGAUUAAAUCCAACUUUAUUGACGCACCUUGUCAGUACUGUAUGUGUGAUGUACGUGAUGAGGUAAUUGACGUCAUAUUAAUCAGCCAAAUCUAUUUUCACACUAAAAAUAUAUAAACUGAUUUUAUAAUAUACACAUGUACGCUUCAAAUCAUUCGUUGGUCUCAUGUAGGGUCGUAUGUGAUAUAACCAACUUGACAUAAACUUAUCGAGAGUCCUAUGUGUUAUCGCUAACUUGAAAUAAACUUAUCGAUUUCUACAAGUGUCUCCCUUUAUUUCAGGUAAAAAAAA